AAUAGGGUGAGAAGUUAUGCAGAAACUUUACUUAGUCUGGAUCUGAAUGUGGUAACUUUGCAUAUUCUGUAUAUGAAGAUGGAUGACAUGUCUCCACUUCCUCCCACUAUCCAGAAAUGAAGCUAAAAUACCCUGGAUACAAGCACUGCCAUGAUAAUGAAACACACACUCUGCCCAUCAGAAUUCAGCCUCAAUUGUCAAUCAUAUCCCCAAUCCCCCUGCUUUUAUAGCAUCAAAUAACCAAUUAAAACCAAACAUAGUGGAAAAUGAACACUUGAACAUACAUCACACAGGAGGAGUUCCUGUGUCUGUUAACGGUCCACACCUCUGGUGUUAAGAUCAUUUGAUUGAUGUGAGACAUGCUGCUGAUAUCACUCAUAUCGGAUGCAUCUCUAGACCACAAGGGGGCGCCGUUCUUCGGUGUGAGACGACCAUGACUGGAGGAACUCCCUUCGCCCUGCUCUGUCUGCUUUCUACCUUCUCACUCCAGGACCGUCCACGGACGUGCUCUCCCUCUGCGUUAAGUCGUCACCCCUGUCGCUGUCGCCAUGACGCCUACCCCGCCGCUGUUCAUGCUGCUGUUGCUUGGGCUAAUGGGAGCCCAUGCCACCGUAGACGUCCGCACAGCCGCCGCCAUGGCGGCAGGUUUGUGCAAAACCCGUCCCACAGACAUCGUGUUCAUCAUCGACAGCAGUCGCAGCGUUCGUCCUUCAGAGUUUGAGCAAGUCAAGGUCUUCCUGGCGAAGGUCAUUGAAGGCCUGGACGUCGGACCCAAUGCAACCCGCGUGGGAGUUGUCAACUAUGCCAGCCGUGUCAAGAACGAGGUGUCUCUUAAGACUCACCGCACCAAAGCUGGACUGAUCAAGGCCGUGACCAAGAUCGAGCCGCUGUCCACUGGAACAAUGACUGGACUGGCCAUCCAGUUCGCCCUGAACGUGGCCUUCAGCGAGGGCGAGGGCGCUCGUGUCAAAUCUCCCGAUAUCAGCAAGGUUGCCAUCAUUGUGACAGAUGGGCGUCCCCAGGACAACGUAAAAGACAUUGCUGUCCGUGCCCGUGAUGCCGGCAUUGAGAUUUUUGCCAUCGGUGUGGGACGUGUGGAUAUGAGCACUCUGAAGCAGAUGGCCAGUGAGCCUAUGGACGACCAUGUGGACUACGUGGAGAGCUACAGCGUCAUCGAGAAGCUCACCAAGAAGUUCCAAGAGGCCUUCUGUGUGUCCGACCUGUGUGCCACUGGGGAUCAUGAUUGUGAGCAGGUAUGCAUCAGCAGCCCUGGAUCAUACAAGUGUGCCUGCAAAGAUGGCUUUACCCUCAUGGACAAUGGUCGCAGCUGCAGUGCUUGCAGCAACUCUGCAACAGAUGUGGUGUUCCUGAUUGACGGCUCUAAGAGUGUUCGUCCUGAGAACUUUGAGCUGGUGAAGAAGUGGAUCAACCAGAUCAUCGACAAACUGGAUGUGUCUGACAGCAAGGCUCACGUUGGACUGGUGCAGUACUCCAGCUCAGUCAAAGAGGAGUUUCCCCUGGGUCGCUACAACAACAAGAAGGACCUGAAGGAUGCUGUGAAGAAGAUGGCCUACAUGGAGAGGGGAACCAUGACAGGUCAGGCCCUCCGCUAUAUGCUCGAUAACAGCUUCAACACAGGUCACGGUGCCCGGCCCGGAGUCACCAAGGUGGGCAUUGUGUUCACUGACGGACGCAGCCAGGACUACAUCGGAGACGCUGCAAAGAAGGCCAAGGAAAAUGGCUUUAAGAUGUAUGCUGUGGGAGUGGGCAAUGCAGUGGAGGAUGAGUUGAAAACGAUUGCCUCUGAGCCAACUGCAGAGCACUACUUCUACACCGCUGACUUCAAGGCCAUGACCCAGAUCGCCAAGAAACUGCAGAUUAACAUCUGCCAAGAGGAUGACCCUUGCGAAUGCGACUCCCUCGUAAAGUUCCAAAAGAAAGUAGAAGAUGCUCUACAGGCACUAACAAAAAAAUUAGAGAGCAUGUCGAAGAGGAUCGCCUUGCUGGAGAACAAAAUCGUCUGAGGACUCAAAACCCACUUUCCCCUCUACAUCUGCACACUCACUCACGUACUUACACAACACACACAAAAGUUUUUUUACUUCCUGUAAAAUGCUGAAGAGGAAACCGUGCAUGUGUGUAUAUGAAGCCUGACCUCUGCCUGUAUCCUGAAACUCUCCCAAACCACCUCUGCCUCCUCCUUUUCUUGGUCUUUACCUCCUUCACCCUUUGGUCUCCUGGGACACGAAGCGCUGGUUGCCAAGGGGACCACACCUUUGUGUGUGCGUGCGCUCUGAAAGUCAUCCUCCAUAGCCAGCCUGUGCGUUUGUUAAUAAAACUCUUCCCUCAUAGGGAAAUGGUGACAGUUCGCUGAAGGUUUGUUUCCUUAGUUGCUGCCACAAUGUUGAAUCUUUCCAAACCGCAGUCUGUGUUGUUUAUGUCAAUAGAGAAGCAGCACAUCACCUUCACUUGUCUGUUUAUAUGUCACUGUCAUCUUUCCUUCUCUAUCUUCACCUUUCUUCUCUUCCCCACACACAAAGGUAUCUAAUAUUAUAAAUGGUAUAUAUAUACAGGUAAAUUAAUAUAAGAUAUAUGUCUGGAAAUAAGGGUACACCAUUGAUGUUUUUUAUUUUCCUAAAUAAAGGUGAUUCAGGAAGUAAAUAUUUUAAAAUUGUGAAACUAUUUUUUACAUAAACUUACACAAAGAGUAAUGCACAUAUACACACAGUUUCAGUUCAUCUAUUUUAUCUCUGUGGUCUUUGGCUAUUAAAGGUGGGCUUCAGGGACCAGGAGGGCUACAUGGAUGUUCCCAACAAAAUGGUGAAUGGCUUCAAUUCACUGCAGAAUUGCAACUUGGUCAUAAAAACUAUCGUGUAGGGCUAAACUUCCUCUCAAACUGCAAUGAUCUGGACAAAGUCAGAGGUGGAUCAACAGUCUAUUGCUGAUCUUUUGAGUUUCUGUUUUUUUCACUGACACAUAAUGUGAAUCAGUUAACGAUUUAUUGUCAGUAAAUGAUUGAUUGAAUUUGUUUAUCAAGAAACUAUUAAAAAUGCAAAAUAUGUGCUACAAUAUAAGUUUCAUAUUAUGAAAUCAAAGCUUUUUUGCUCGACAGUUUAGGCUGUGGUAGGUGUGAUGGGCAUUUAUACACCAUGUAAUCCGAUUAAUGGGAAAUAAAAGUAUCAGCACAUUAACGUGUACAUUUAUAGAACAUGAAUAUUGAAUAUUGCAAACAGAUAUACUGUGUGUAAAAUUGUAUUAUAUAAUUUAUUUCAUUUGUUUACUACCAUUAUUUGUGGUGUGUUUGGAGUGAGUUUUAUUCUAG